AGGAUAAACUUGGGGCUUUUGAGAGGUGGAGUCAUAGAGAGACCUUACCUGCUGAUGCACAUAAGAAGGUUAGGUUAACGUGCUCCUAUUGUAAGAGGCAUAAUGAAACCGAAGUCCCAGAUCCUUACCAUGGUGGAUCGCAAGGCUUCGAAAAG